AUUUGGCUGUCCUCCUCCUGGCCGGGUCAGAGAAGCCGCAGUGUCAUGGAUGAAACCAGGAAACUAACGUGUUGGUUACUUCUGGAACGCGACGAAGAACGGCGACAGUCGUCUUGGAGGGCAUGGCUCAGGCGACCGCUCUCAUACGACAGCACCCGAGACCUCCUGACCUUCGAUUCAUACGCUAGGCUACACUUGGGCUUCCCCAACCCGACCAUGUCAGACCAUGUCCCCAAAAGGAAUCUCCGGCGGCAACCCUGCUCUUUUCCUGCCGCCGCUGACUAAGCCGCUGCGCUGUGUGGCAGUGCGACACAACAGACGGAGAGAACAAGCACGGCUGCAGAAGGCCCCAACGGACAACUCAAUUGCACGCGACGCCGAGCAAGUCGCCCGAGGCGUGUGUCUUCAGCCUUACGCACCGCAAAAAGCCUAGCCGUACCUGCACACUCCAGUCCCUAUCGGUCUAACCUCGUUCUAUUCUGGCAAUGUCUGGCAUAUGCAGAGCACGUCUCGCCGAGGAACGCAAGCAGUGGCGAAAGGACCAUCCUUUCGGCUUCUAUGCAAAACCGGUGAAGGCAGCAGAUGGUUCCAUGAACUUGAUGGAAUGGGAGGUCGGUAUCCCAGGCAAACAAGGGACGGCUUGGGAGAACGGCCUCUACAAGCUUACCAUGGUUUUCCCGGAAGACUACCCAUCCAAACCGCCGAAAUGCAAGUUCACUCCUCCCCUCUUCCACCCGAACGUGUAUCCCUCCGGCACUGUGUGUUUGUCCAUCCUUGAUGAGGAAAAAGGGUGGAAGCCUGCCAUCACCAUCAAGCAGGUUCUGUUGGGAAUCCAAGACCUGCUUGAUGAUCCUAAUGUGAAUGACCCCGCUCAGAGCGAUGCAUACACCAUGUUCAAGAAUGACAAAGUCGCGUAUGAGCGACGCAUCAAGCAACAAGCCCGUGAAAAUAUACCCAAGUGACCUUGCAGCCCUUUCGUAUAAGGCGUUUCCCUUGGUUUCCUUAGUAAACGUUUGUAUCUGCUUUGUAGAAUAGCAUUCAUUUUUCUUGCAAACAUCAGGGUAGCCCCCAUUUUAUCAUU